AUGGGGACUUGCUGCGUAAGGAGCCAUCAGCUACUGAUUCAGUCUCACCAUAACUUCAUCGGGUCCUCUUCUGGUUACCCUUUUCCUCCUUUUACUCAUCGUCAUCGUCGCCAAAGUUCCCGGCGCCUUCCCCGGGCGAUUCUCCCCCGCCGUACAACAACCACCACCACUAGAAUUUGUUGCCAGUAUGAUGACACCGGCCGGAAACCAGCUCAGCAAUCCUCUUCUUCAACUGGAAUUCAACUUUAUGGUGAGAUUGAGAGGAUACUUACCGAGUCUGUGAGGCAGUCCCAGGGUGGUUGGGGCUCUUUGACUGACUGGUUUGAGAUUGAGGGAGCAUGGGUUCUGAAGCCAAAAAAUGGAAGAGCUAACUCUGUUGUCCAUUUCAUUGGUGGCAUAUUUGUUGGAGCAGCACCACAACUAGCCUACCGAUUGUUUCUCGAGCACCUUGCAGAAAAGGGUGUAAUGGUGAUCGCUACACCUUAUGCCAGUGGGUUUGACUAUUUCCACAUUGCAGAUGAAGCUCAAUUUAAAUUUGAUAGGGCUUUGCGCUUCUUACAAGAACCUGUGCAAAAUCUUCCUACCUUUGGUAUGGGCCACUCUUUGGGGUCUGUCAUUCACCUACUGAUUGGAUCACGUUAUGCUGUGCAAAGAAGUGGGAAUAUACUGAUGGCGUUCAACAACAAGGAAGCAAGCCUAGCUAUCCCUCUUUUCUCACCUGUUCUUGUACCAAUGGCUCAAAGCAUGGGCCCAAUUCUGUCACAGAUAGCCUCAUCACCAACAGUCCGCAUGGGAGCUGAAAUAACAUUGAAGCAGAUAGAGAACCUCACCCCUCCUUUCAUGAAACAAGCUUUCCCUUUAAUUGAGCAACUUCCUCCUUUAUACAUGGACCUGGUUAAUGGACGAGAAGACUUCAGUCCAAAACCUGAAGAAACUCGCCGCCUUAUAAGGUCAUAUUAUGGAGUCUCUAGAAAUCUUCUGAUAAAGUUCAAGGACGAUUCCAUCGACGAGACCUCAUCGUUGGCCAAAGUCCUAAGUUCAGAAUCAGCUAUUAGCUCAUUACUAGACAUGUCAAUUCGCUCACUACCAGGAGAUCAUGGUCUUCCUCUGCAACAGGGGUUACCAGAUGUGCCGCCUGCAAUGGCAGAUGCAGUGAACAGAGGAAGUGAGCUGUUCACAAAUCUGGCAGUUGGAACGCCAUGGGAGACCGUGGCCAAAGAAGUAGGUAAUACAUUAGGGACAGACAACCAGAUCCUGCGUGCGCAGGCGUCCAAGGACUUGGCCAAGCUUGUGGAUGUGAUCACCUCCUGGAUGGCUUCGAAUGCAGGUCCAAAGGCUUUAAGGCCAUGA